CAAGCCAGCGAGGCAGCGAGCAAGCAAGUAAGAAAGAAAGAAAGAAAGAAAGAAAGAUAGGAGAAAAAGAGAAAACGGCGGCCAGCUGAAACCAGCAACCACGCGGUGGACAUGAUUAUUUCAAAGGAUCUCUUCCUCCUUGGCGACCAAGAUUAUCUGCGCCUUCCUAACAACGAGAAGCGCCAGCAACGGGCAAUGGGCCGGCCGAUCAUCAAUGCUCCCAGAGUGGAAAGCUCGACCCUGCAGUUGGUCUGCCCAUUGGAUUCUCGUCCGGUGCAGCUAAUCUUUCGUGGACUCCAGGUAUUCAAGGAGAAGCGAACACUUCUUCGUGAUGUUUCGGGAGUCGUCAAGCCGGGCGAGCUUUUAGCAGUUAUGGGCCCUUCAGGAUGCGGGAAAACGACGUUUUUGAAUUGCCUCUCCGGAAGGGUCAGUCUGGACGGUGGAGAUAUUUGGUUGAAUCGCGAGAGACUGACGAAAAGAUGGCGUCGUAGGAUUUGUUACGUACAACAACAAGACGUUUUCUUUCCUGAUCUCACGUUACGACAAACCUUAGAGUACCAAGCGAGGCUGAGACUUCCGGACGCGCUGACACACUCGCAGAAGAUGCAAUGCGUCGACCAUAUCAUCGAGGUUCUCGACCUCGCGGCCUGCCAAGAUACCAUAAUCGGCGAUUAUACGAGGCGAGGAUUAUCCGGUGGCGAAAAAAAACGAACGAGCAUAGCCUGCGAAUUACUCACAAAUCCGUCCUUAAUGCUACUCGACGAACCAACGAGUGGCUUGGACUCGCACUCCGCGCAAGCUUUGAUAUCUCGACUAAAAAAAUAUGCCGAACAAGAGGGCAAAAGUAUCGUCGUAACUGUACAUCAACCAAGUUCACGGAUGUUUCAUAGCUUUAAUAAGCUUCUCUUGUUAAGCCGUGGACAGGUCGCCUAUUACGGUUCUACGGCUAACAUUGGCAGGUUCUUCUCGACCAUCGGAUUGACUCUUCUGCCUCAUUACAACCCAGCUGACUUUAUACUCGAGCAAAUAAAGGGCCCGGAGGAAGUACGAGAACGCAUAGUAGCUGCAGCUCGAGCAUCGAGACAGGGACCGGACUGUCCACCGGAACUUCGUCCGGACUAUAAUCCCAGCCAACAUCCGCUCUGCGACCAUCUCAUCCAUUAUCACGAACAUCACAUCGGGCACAACGGAAAGGAAGACGAAGGUGGCAACUUGUGGUUGGAUACGCAGAGUCAUGCAAGCAGCAGCGCUAAUUCCGCGGACGACGAUUAUUCGUGGCAGUGGCCAACCAGUUUCUGGUCUCAAUUCAAAGUAUUAUCGGAAAGAAAUUUUCAAGAGGCACGACCAAGAAUGCUGUCUCGCUUAAAUUGGCUACAAACGAUAGCCCUAGGCUUGUUGGCUGGUCUUUUAUGGCUCAGGCUACCUAGGACCGAAGCUGCCCUUCACGACAUUCAAGGAUGGAUGUUCUUCAGCACCACGUAUUGGAUGCUCUUCGCGCAUUUUGGUGCACUCUCCAGUUUUCCUCCAGAACGGGAGGUUAUCAACAAGGAGCGAUUAUCGGGAUCGUAUCGGCUGUCGGCCUACUACCUGGCGAAAAUGGUCGGCGAGCUGCCAUUGACGAUAACACUACCCGCCGUUUACCAUAUCAUUAGUUACCCAAUGUUGGGCUUCCAGAGCCCUGCGGUUUUUGUCACCUUGUUGGCAUUUUUACUUCUAAACACCAUUGUCGCUCAGAGCGUCGGAUUUUUCGUUGGCGCCUGUUGUCUGGAUCUUCAAGUGAGCAUAACCGCUAGCGCCUUGUACACGCUCGCAACCCAACUGUUGGGUGGUUACUUGGCGACAGCUGUACCACCAUGGCUAGCAUGGGCUCGAUACGCUAGCAUGGUACAUUACGCCUAUCAAAAUAUGCAGAUUCUCGAAUUUGGCGUUGGAGAACCAAUUGCGUGCUCCCAGCCAAGUAAGUUUCUCGAAUGCAAGAACGGUACAACGAUACCCGUAUCGGCAAUACUGGAGAACCAGGGUGGCGCAAGGGGUUCGGGUUUGCCACUUUGGGCAAACACGGCAGUUUUGUUAGCCUUCCUCGUCGUUUUCCGUACUCUCGGAUACCUCGUACUGCGUUAUUAUCGCGUACCCAAAUGAGACGGCCCAACUAAGGCUUACCUAUUAAUCUAGGUAGCAAUCAUACUUUAUUUUCUACGUACUCUCUUUAACGUCGUUUAAAUGAGUAUUUGUGCAACAAACAAACAAAACCAACCGAACUCUUCGAUAAACGGUGUGUGUGUGUGUGUGUGCGUAUGUGUGUGUGGAAAAAGUGAACGGAUUUGAUUGACACUCAAAAAAACAAAAAAGACCGUUCGUUCUUAUUUUUAUUUCUUUUCAAAAUUUCAACUAACGAAAGAAUAAUUGUUAAUAAUAGAUGCGAGGCUACGAUUCCGGAUAGCUAGUCAUCUCUCUCUCACUCUUUCGCUCUCUCUCUUUCUCUCUCUUUUUUAUUUUCAUUCAAUCACCAAUGAAGAAGACCCAUACACCAUUUUGGGUUAUACCAAUUUUCGAUGUUAGAAAGAAAAAAAGAUAGAAAUGAAUAGAAGAAAAUGAAUCACACAGUAGGAUAAUAAAAAGAAAAUUAUCCAAUUUUUGGCACUAAGAGAUUAGGCGUGUUAAUUAUUAUAUAUAUAUAUAUAUAUACACACACAUACAUUUACAUUGUAUAAUAUAUCUA